UCUGAAGGCAUAUACCUUUGACACAAUAGCUCAUAGUACUGCAGUUAUUGCUCAACGAGCAGAUGGAGACCUUACACAGCGCUCUGGGUUUAGACUGGAUCAAUGGCAGCAGUCUUUUAAUAUUUCUAUUUGUUUUUCUGCUGUUGGCAGAUGUUUGGAAAAACAGAGCCCCGAAAAACUUCCCUCCAGGUCCGUGGGCUCUGCCAGUAAUUGGAGACCUUCACCGCAUCAGACCCUCCAGACUUCACCUGCAGUUCAUCGAGUCCCCUGUUUUUGCUAAGUUUGCAGAGAAAUAUGGAAAUGUUUUCAGCCUUCGUCUGUUCGGUGGAAGAGUUGUAGUCAUUAACGGCUACAAGCUGAUGAGAGAAGCCCUGGUUGACAAUGGAGAAGACUACACUGAACGACCCACCACUCCAGCAUUUGAAGACUAUGCUAAUAAGAACAAAGGUCUUGUGAUGUCCAAUGGUUCUCCAUGGAGGCACCAGAGGAGGUUUGCUCUUCACACUCUCAGGAACUUUGGUUUGGGUAAGAAGACUCUGGAGCUGUGCAUCCAGCAGGAGUGUCACUAUCUCACUGAGGCUCUAGCACUUCACCAAGGAAAGCCUUUCAGUGUCCAGUCAUUGAUAAACAAUGCUGUGUCCAACAUCAUCUGCUGCCUUGUGUUUGGGGAGCGGUAUGAGUAUAAUGACAAACAGUACCAGUCUAUACUUCAGACCUUAAAUGAGUUUGUGCUACUACGAAGAGGUCUGUGGAUGCAGAUCUAUAAUGCGCUGCCCUGGUUGAUGAAGUGGCUGCCUGGACCUCACAAGAGGACUUUUGUACUGUUACCAAAAAUGAUUAACUUUGCAAAGUUCAAGAUCAAAGAGCACAAAGAAACCUUGGACCCUUCCUCACCCAGAGACUACAUUGACUCCUUCCUCAUAGAAAUGGGAGAGAAGGAAGACAAAAAAUCCGGUUUUGAUUCAAACAACUUGUGUUUUUGCACACUGGACCUCUUUAUGGCAGGAACUGAAACUACCACCACUACUUUACACUGGGGACUGUUGUACAUGAUCUACUACCCUCACAUACAAGAGCGAGUCCAGGCUGAGAUAGAUGCUGUGGUUGGUUCCUCCAGACAACCUUCUGUGUCUGACAGAGACAACAUGCCCUACACUAAUGCUGUCAUCCAUGAGAUCCAGAGAUUUGGUGAUAUCGUACCAGUUGGUGUGUUUCACAUGACAAGCAAAGACACUAUCCUUAACAACUACACCAUCCCAAAGGGCACCAAGAUCUUAGCUUCUUUAAACUCUGUCCUACACGAUGAGUCAAUGUGGGAAACUCCACACUCCUUCAACCCUCAACACUUUCUAGACCAGGAUGGUAAAUUUAGGAAGAGAGAGGCCUUCCUUCCUUUUGCAGCAGGUAAGCGUGUGUGUCUCGGGGAACAACUGGCCAGGAUGGAGCUGUUCCUCUUCUUCACCUCCCUCCUUCAGAGGUUCUCCUUCUCACCAGCUCCUGGAGAGCAGCCCAGUCUGGAGUUCAUCCUUGGAGCAACUCGUUGUCCCAAACCGUAUCGCCUCUGUGCUGUACCACGAUGAAAUGUCCUAAAGUAAAAUAAUAUAAAGUAGUUUCUAACUUCUGUCCUACAGUACAUUAUUAAUGUUAUCACUGUUACGAUUUGUUAUCAUUUUUGUUGUUCAUCGUGUUGACACAACCACUCUCUGUAACUCUCUGGAUUAUUAAUAUGUACUGUUGUCACCUUAUUUUUACAAAGCACAUGCACGUGUGGCUAAAAAGUAUUACGCAUUAUUGCUCUUUAACGGAAAUUAAGAAGAAAAUAUUAAAGUGCCUAAUCAAUAAUAUUUUUUAAAAAUGGAAACAAGAGGAUGGUGUAUUUUUUAUUAGUUAGCGAGGAAUAUAAAAAAAUAGAGAAGAAGAGAGAAGAAGAGAGAAUGUUGUGUACACAAAGAUGAAAGAUAAGAUGUUUAAAUGAGUUUAAAUUCUCCAUCUAGGCUCCAAUGACUGUUGAAAUGUUUUAUCUGAAUAAUAACAUCUGUUCCAACACACAUUGUCAAUAGGCUUAAUGUGAAUAAACUAGACUUUGUCACAAGGUUUCUGUUAGAAAUGGCCACAGACUGUUUCUGUUGAUUUUUACACCAACUGGUCUGUAACAAUUUAUGAAUGAUAAAAUUAUAUUAACUAGAAUAAAGUGAGAUGCAAAGAUAAUGUG